AUGUGGCAUCUCGCUUGGCUGAGAGGGCAAUUUGCACUAGAUGUGUCCGAUGCUGCAUUGGACAUCGUAUUGACUGAAAACUACGAUCUGGUAUAUGGCGCUAGGCUAAUUAGGAGGUGGCUAGAGAAUAAAGUGGUGACAGAGUUAUCAAAGAUGCUUAUAAGAGAGGAGAUUGAUGAGAAAUCUACCGUGUAUAUUGAUGCAAGUCUAGAUGGAGCUGAACUUACUUAUCGAGUGGAAAAGAAUGGUAGAUUGGUGAAUGCCAUCACUGAAAUUGCGCUUGAUACUACUGCAAGUGGUUUGAACAUUAUACACUUGGUAAUCAUGCUUAUGUUCUUGCCUUUAUUGGUCUCGCUGGAACUGGAGUUGACGCUGAACACACAAAUCUACUGCCAGCGAUUUUAUAUGAAUAUGGUCAGAAUUCAGCCGGAUUUGUUUACAUUGUGCAUUCUGAUUAACUGUUAUUGUAAGUUAGGUGAUGUUGAUUGUGGGUUUUAUGUGUUUGGUGAAAUGAUUAAGAGGGGUUAUGAGCCUGAUACUGUAGUUUAUACCACUCUGAUUAAGGGAUUGUGUAUGCAGGGACUGGUAAGGAAUGCGAUAAAGGUGUUUGAGAAAAUGGCUGACGGGGGUGUUCGGCCGAAUGUUGUUUCAUGUGGAACUGUUAUAUAUGGGCUUUGUAGAAUUGGGGAAGUUGAUCUUGCUCUAGAGUUGCAUAGAAAUAUGGUGAAAUGGAAAUGUAGUCCUAAUUUGAUCACUUAUAAUUCGUUGAUACAUGGGUUUUGUAACGUUGAACGGGUUAGCUCUGUGGUAAAAGAAGAAUUGAGUAUGAAUGAUUUUCAAUCCAAGGAUAUUCUGCCGGCUAGUGAUGAUUUGAUUACAGAAAUUAGUAACGGUGUUAAUGGAAAACAUCAAACAGAUUCAUAA